GAAGAAAAAGACGAAAAUGUUCCGCACAUGUCCGACUCUCUCUCCUCUUCUCUCUCUCUUUGUCUCUCUCUCUCUCUCUCUCUCUCUCUCUCUCUCUCUUUUUCUCUCUCUCUCUUUCUCUCAUCGCUCUGUCAAAUAUACGGACCAGAGACAGAGUUGCCUCCACGUUUGUCCAGCAAGAAUCACGCUCUCCGCUUUCACCACAUUCCUCCACCUCUCUCUCUACCUCACUUAACUUUUGUUUCUACUUUUUGCUUCUCGAUUAUUCCUCCAUUUUCGAAUCUUCCACUGUUUCUUCACCUGGGUCUGCUCUGAAUUUCGCAUUUGGAUGCUUUUGGGUUUAUUUCGUGUUCCAAGCUCGAAUCUUUCCCGUCUGGGUUACCGACUUUCUAGGGAAAGUUAGGGCUUUACUACUCUGAUUCGCUUCUAGCUUAAUCUGGGCUUAGUUUUCUGGUUUAAAGGUAGAAUUUUUCCUUCUGGGUUGUGAAAUUGUAGCGCGAAUCUUUCAGGAUUUUGGGAAAUUAGGUUGAUUUUUAAGUAGGUUGACUUCAGGUAGAUCCUACGCCGCAUAAUUGGAAUUUGACAUUUUUUGCGGUAAUAGUUGAAUUAGGUUUUCUUUACAAGCUUCAAGUUUGUGUUGAUUUUCGUGGAAAUGGAUCGAUAACAAGAUGUUUUGAAGAAAGUUUACUGCUUGCGAUUCGUGCGAUCAGAGAAUGAGUUUGGUUCCUCCUCUACCGAUUUUAACGCCACCGUCGUCAAAUUCUUCAACCACCGCACCUCCUCCGUCGCCGUCUCAGCCAACCACUCCAUCAGCUCCACCUCCGAUCACACCUCCUCCUUCUCCGCCGCAAACACCGCCGCCCGUAGCAGCAUCAUCGCCACCACCACCGGUUAUAUCAUCACCUCCACCGUCUUCUUCUCCACCACCGUCACCACCCGUCGUCUCCUCACCACCUCCCACCGUCGUUUCUUCUCCUCCUCCACCUCCUGUGGUGGUUGCUUCCCCUCCUCCAUCAACUCCGGCGACAACACCACCCGCUCCUCCGCAAAUUGUCUCACCUCCUCCACCCCCUGAUGCUUCUCCUUCACCUCCGGCAACAAUAACAUCCCCUCCUCCGCCUAAACCUUCUCCUUCGCCGCCGGCGGAUACACCUUCUCCUCCUAAACCAUCUCCGUCAAAUCCGUCAACUCCAGCAACCACUUCUCCUCCACCACCUCCUUCAACCACCUCUGCUCCUCCUCCGGCUUCAGUUCCCAAGGAUCCUUCUACUGUAGUUCCUCCUCCAACUCCAUUACCUGUUGUUCCCAGAGAGAAACCAAUUGCUAAACCAACUGGACCACCUUCAAGCAACGGAAACAACACUUCUCCGCAAUCCGGUUCAUCGGGAAAUGGAGGAGGUGUUGGCACUGGAGGUCUUGCAGCUAUUGGAGUGAUUGUUGGAUUGAUUCUGCUUAGCCUUUUUGUGUUGGCUGUGUGGUUUACUCGGAAACGAAAGAGAAAGGAUCCUGGUACCUUUGUUGGAUACACUAUGCCUCCUUCUGCUUAUUCGUCUCCUCAAGGCUCAGAUGUAGUGCUCUUCAACUCGCAUUCUUCAGCACCUAAGAUGAGAAGCCAUUCUGGUAACGACUACAUGUAUGCGUCCUCUGAUUCAGGCAUGGGUGGCAGCCAAAGAUCAUGGUUCUCAUACGACGAGUUAGCUCAAGUCACUGGUGGUUUCUCCGAGAAGAAUCUCCUCGGCGAAGGAGGGUUUGGUUGUGUAUACAAAGGCGUUCUUGCAGACGGAAGGGAAGUAGCAGUUAAACAGUUGAAGAUCGGUGGAAGUCAAGGAGAGAGAGAGUUCAAAGCCGAAGUCGAGAUCAUUUCUCGGGUUCAUCACCGACAUUUGGUUACAUUAGUCGGUUACUGCAUCUCGGAGCAACAUAGGUUGCUUGUAUAUGAUUAUGUACCAAACAACACUCUCCAUUACCAUCUCCAUGCUCCAGGAAGACCGGUUAUGACUUGGGAAACUCGGGUUAGAGUCGCUGCUGGUGCAGCUCGUGGAAUCGCCUACUUACAUGAAGACUGUCAUCCUCGGAUUAUCCACCGUGACAUUAAAUCUUCGAACAUACUUCUAGAUAACAGCUUUGAAGCCUUGGUUGCGGAUUUCGGGCUAGCUAAAAUCGCGCAAGAACUCGAUUUAAACACUCAUGUCUCAACACGUGUAAUGGGAACAUUCGGGUACAUGGCUCCUGAAUAUGCAACAAGCGGAAAGCUAUCUGAAAAAGCCGAUGUAUAUUCGUAUGGAGUAAUACUAUUGGAGCUUAUAACUGGCCGUAAACCUGUAGAUACAUCUCAGCCACUUGGUGACGAAAGCCUUGUUGAAUGGGCAAGGCCCUUGUUAAGUCAAGCAAUCGAGAACGAAGAAUUCGAGGAGCUAGUGGAUCCGAGGCUAGGGAACAACUUCGUUCCCGGAGAGAUGUUUCGAAUGGUGGAAGCUGCGGCUGCAUGCGUUCGUCACUCAGCUGCGAAAAGACCAAAGAUGAGCCAAGUGGUGAGAGCUUUGGACACACUUGAAGAAGCUAGUGACAUAACGAAUGGGAUGAGACCGGGACAGAGCCAAGUGUUCGACUCGAGACAACAAUCUGCUCAGAUAAGGAUGUUUCAGAGAAUGGCUUUUGGGAGUCAGGAUUAUAGUUCUGACUUCUUUGAUCGGUCACAGUCACAUAGUAGCUGGGGAAGUCGAGAGACUCGUGACCAGUCCAGAUUUGUACCUUAGUUAUUAGUAUUGAAUUUUUUUUUUUUUUUGCUACUUUUUCUUCUUUUCCCUUUUAAGAUGUUUUGUAUAUUCUUUUGCAUGAAAUAAUGAAUUUAUACACACACACACAUGUAGAUAAUUUGGACUAAGUUAAAUUAAUAGUGGUCACAAUGA